AUGGCCUUUGCUUCCUGUACGGUAGCGCCGAAGGUAGGAGAUGGCCACAAUGAAGAUCAGCGAGCCAAAGAGCCCAACAAAGUUGCCGACCGCGCACGAGUACUGCUCGCCAAGCGUGUCUUUAUUGACGGCUCCGUAGAACGACUUGGCCGAGGAGCACCAGCCGAUGAUGGCGAUAACCGUGGCAAGCGGCGGGCCGACGACCACGCUCAGCGGCGUCAUCUUUUUCCAGAACAAGGUGAGCACAAACGCGAACACGCCGGGCCCCAGCGCAAUGCCGAUAAAUGUGAUGAUCCACGAGAUGGUGAUCCCGAUGUAGUUGAACAGCACCGUGAGCGCGCCCAUGGCGAUGGCAAAGACCGUCACACACAGGUGCGACACCCUGAUCAGCUGUUUUCCGGACGCGGCCGGGUUGAUGUAGGCUCUGUAUACGUCGUAGGUGACGACGGACGAGAAGCCGAUCAGCUCGGCGCUGGUGGCAGACGUGGCUGCGAGCCACACCAUCAGCAUGCCGGCAGCGGCUCCGGACCGGCCCAGGAUCUGGUACAUGCCGUACAGCAUCGGGAUGCCCUCGCUGACGAGCUCGGCCGGGAUUGGGUCAGGGUACGUUGGCGAGGAGGUGUCGUGCAUCAGCGCGAGCGCAGACAGGGCUGUGCACGAGGAGAGCGCGAGCGGGAUGAUCAGCCAGCACAGGCCGCCGAAAAAGUAGCCCCACAUGCUGCUGCGCGGCGACGCGGCGAGCGCCUUCUGGCUGUAGCUGGGGUCGGUGAAGACGGUGGAAAAGCCGCCCACGACGAUGUUCCAGCCGUUGAACAGCGCCGUCUUGUUCGUCCACGUCAGAUAGCUGCCCUUGUACCCGGCAGAAGGGUUGGUUCUCGCCGUCUCCUGGAGCAGCUCGUACAUCUUGUCGAUGGAGCCGAUCUUGCUGCUGUGGGCGUACGUGGUGAACAGCGUGACGGCGAUCACCACGUAGAUGAUCACCGUGUGUAUCCAGUCCGACAGAAACGUCGAUUUCAGUCCGCCUGUCACGGUGUACGCCCAGACACCGAGCGGGAGCAGCAUGGCAGCUGCAACCACGUGCAUGCCGGUGAUCACGCUGAAGGCCUGGCACCCGCCGAGCAGCAGCAUCGCCGAGAUGAUCACGUUGGUACCCAUGCCGUAGAACAGACACACCCAGUGAGCCGCGCGUCCGAAACGCGCCCGCACAAUCUCCAGCACCGUGUGUGCUCCCGGGGCCUUGCGCUUUAUUUCCAGGGCAACCACAGAAAAAAAAGUUAUCUGGAUGGUGAACGCAAACGCGUACCACGCACCAGGGAUGCCGUACUGAUAGGUCAUGCCAGAGCUAGUGAGUACGGUGCCUCGGCCAGGUCCAGGACGAUACGACGGCCGAGGCGAUAA